UCGCUUAAUGCUUAUCCAUUUAAUUGGUCUCCAUUAAAAAUUUUCACCUUGAAGAACACUCUGUUUGAUUUAAAGCUCGAAACUUGGCAUACAAAACACACUUCUCACACAUAGAUUACACCACAGUAUCAUAUUCCAUGGUGGGAAAUUCAUCUAAAGAGACUAUAUUAGAGCAGCUGAGACAUGGGUUCGCUAAGUUUGAGCUGGUCUCUUCCCCUGUGCCAUCAGUUUCAAGCUAUAGCCCUGUGCUUAAUAGAACUAUGAGUCACAGUAAUUAUAAGAAUAAUUUGUUUUUUGCGAGAAUUGGUGGUGAUGGAGGAGGUUCACCUGCAAUGAAGAAAGUUGAACGUUAUUCGGUUAAGAAGGUUACUGGUGAUGGGCGGUGUUUGUUUCGUGCCCUGGUUAAAGGCAUGGCAAUCCACAAGGGCCUCUCUCUGAAUUCUCGUGAAGAGACAGAGAAUGCAGAUGAAUUGCGGACAGCUGUAAAGGAGGUCAUAUGCGGUAAGGAUAACGAACGCACAGAGUACGCAGAGGCAUUAAUGGCAAUUACUGUUGAAGAGUCAUUAAAACGCUAUUGUCAACGCAUUGGAAAAUCAGAUUUUUGGGGUGGAGAGUCAGAGCUACUGGGAUGGGGUGGAAUGGAAAUGAGAGAGAGAGUGCAGAUUCUUCAUGGUAAAUGUUGUAAAGUACUGUCAAAGUUGUGUCACCAGCCGAUCAUUGUAUACAUACCUGCACAUGAGCAUGCAAAGGGAGGUUAUGGGUCUGGUUUCAUUCCAAUUGCAGAGUAUGGAGUUGACUAUAGCAAGGCUUCUUGGACAGGCAAAGCUAAGAAAGCUGUGAGGCUUCUGUACAGUGGUAAAAAUCAUUAUGAUCUUCUUGUGUAAGAGUUGUUACGGAUCAUUUUUAUUCCCGAUCAUUUAAAUGCCGAGGCCAGAAGUUCAAUUGUUUUAAAUUCUUACCAUUCAUAUAUUGUACGUUGAGUACAGUAAUGUUUAAGUGAGUGUUGCUUUCAGCAGUAAUACUUUUGUAUGAUGUGGCGUUCAUACAUAUAUAACCAUUCAUUUAUCCUCCAAAAUAAUAUCAUUUAACGACAUUGAUAUUUAGUGAAAAGAAGCGUUUUUUGUUUA